AUGAAGGAAGCGACGCUUUCCGAGACCGUCGCGUAUCUACGCUCUCCCGCAAUUCACCAUGCCAUCUCGCUCCUUGGUCCCGAAUUUAACUUUGUCGAUUACCUCGAUGGCGAAAACGCGUUCGUUUGCGGCGACGUUUUUACGCUAUUUCAAGACAUCGCCGCCAAAUUCAGUAAAGACGUGCCGGAGGGAGAAGAAACAGAUGAGGACGAAGAAGGAGAAACUGAGGAAGAAGGAGAGAGUGAAGAAGAGGAGGAGGAAGUGAAGCGGCUGUGCCGUGUAAGGAUGAGUGGAGUGUAUGUAGAGCAAAGAGGGGUGAAAUUAGACGAGGUCACGCACGUGUCUUAUUGGGCCUACCUGACGCACGUUAGCAUGAAUUCCAGAGACGCCGAGCUCUGGUACAAAAGCGAAGCGAAUUCUCUUGGGUCGCUUGACGCGAAACCAACCGUGCUGUUCAAGACGCAUGAACUCACCGAAGAGCCCAUGAAGCUUUGCCAGCGCGCCAUCGCUUUCACCAGUCAUCGAAGUCUCGACGACAAAUUGCGAUCAGCGGCUGGGGCCGGGUGGAUGCCCGCGCGAGCGACCAAUUUUGCGACCAUUAGAACGUGGGCGACAGCGUACCGACGAUGGAAACUCUGGGGCGCAAUCGACGUAAAUUACAAUGAGGCACUGAAGAAUCCCUCGGCUGCGUUCCGUGUCAUCAUCGACCACGUUGCAUUCGUGAUGAACGUCAAGCCGUCAGAGAUCGACAAGCUGGGGCCAAUAAGGGCACCCUCGAUUGGCGAAGCCAACCCAGGAAUUCCAUCGUCUGCGUCAAAAUCUACUGUUAGCGAGGAAGAUAUCCUGCAGGAGGUCACAAAGGCGAAAGAGCAGCUGGCUUCCGAGCGUCUUUCCAGUCUCGGGCUCGGCUGGUUUCGAUUAGAUGUUCAUCGCAAUCCCAGCGGUUAUACAGUGCGAUACUCGAGGUGUGACCUUUACCAGUCACUUAGUCACGGUGGCAUGUUGGAGGUGCCCAUACUAGUAAGGAUUCUAGUAGGCGAGCUGGAUUCAAACGAGAAAAUUUCUUUUCAAGCAACAGCGGAACUGAGAAGAAACAAGCCAAAGCCAAGACGAUCGUUGCCAGAACCCCAUCCAUGA